AUGACGAAUUUUGUUGCAAUGGUGCUGCGCAGCUUAGUUAAGUCAAGAGAGAAUUCUUGGCUACGUAAAAAAGUUGAGCAAAAGCUUCAUUUCGGGAAUAAGAAUAAUUACAAACAUGGAAAGAUGAUACUGACUGUGUACUUAAGUAACAAUGAACAGGGUUUAACCGAAGUCCCGAUAACCCCAGAAACAACAUGUAAAGAUGUUAUUGAAUUCUGCAAAGAGCCUGGUGAGAUCGGUUGCCAUUUGGCUGAGGUGUGGCGAGGAAAUGAACGUGCCAUUCCUUCUGACCAUAUGAUGUAUGAACAUCUGCAGAAGUGGGGACCUCGUAGAGAAGAAGUGAAAUUCUUUCUCCGUCAUGAAGAUUCACCUAAUGAAAAUAUUGAACAAAGUGGACAUCAGUCUCAAGAUCAGCUGAAUAGAUGGAAUGGAAUUCAUUUGUCUACAGACAAGCGUUUCGAAAAUGGGGGUGGUAAUCCUCGGGUGGAGCUGACACUUUCAGAACUGCAAGAAAUGGCUUCUAGACAACAGCACCAGAUUGAGGCCCAACAACAGAUGUUGGUUGCCAAGGAGCAGCGUUUACGUUAUCUGAAACAACAAGAGAGACGUCAACAGCAGUCUAUUUCAGAAAGUGAAAAAUUACAAAAACUGAAAGAACGUAUGGAAAGUCAGGAGGCAAAGCUGAAGAGGAUACGAGCUAUGCGAGGACAGGUGGACUACAGCAAAAUUAUCAAUGGCAAUCUUUUGUAA